GGACGGGUAGCUUUAAAAGUCGACUGAUUUAUUCGGGCUCGGCCGAUGACGUUGGGCCGUGGGGGAGACGCCAUAUUGGAAUCGGGCAGACAAAAAAAGCGAAUAAACAUAAGGCGAAUCGGAGAGAAAUCGCCGCCAUCGCGGGAUGUGGAUGUCACUGGCUGGGCCAGCAUUUAUUGUCCACCCUUAAUUUGCCCUUGAGAAGGUAACGCUGAGCUGCAUUCCUGAACUGCUACCGUCCAUGUGGUGUAAGUACACCCACAGUGCCAUUAGGAAGGGAGUUCCAGUAUUUUAACUCGGUGACAGUGAAGGUGGAAGUGAAUACGCACAAGACCUUUAUGGAAAAGGAUUUAUGUGAAAAGUAUUGUCUAAUAAGCAUCAGUGCAAGUGACUGCUUGACUUUUUAAAAGACUCUUACGAGUGCUUGCCUUGAUUGCAACAAAGGACUCGUAUAUAUUGAGCAGACUUUAUUAUCUCUUCAUUUGAAGAGGUUUAAACUAUUACAGUUUCUGUAUGAACCUUGGGCUGUAAACUGCAUAUAUACAUAUAUAAAUACAAUGACCACAGCCAGGACGGAAAAUCCCGUUAUUAUGGGUUUGUCUACUCAGAAUGGGCAGUUGAGAGGCCCACUGAAACCCAGUGCAGGCCCGGGAGGAGUCCCGUCACCGCAAGUCUCACAGACCAACCAACAGCUACAGCAGCUAAAGAAUGCCAGCACACUUAAUGGCACUCAGCAGCAAGCACAUACAACCAGCAGUACUAUUAAACCAGGUGAUGACUGGAAGAAAAGUUUAAAAUUACCUCCAAAAGACAGGAGGAUGAAAACUUCGGAUGUAACGGCCACAAAAGGAAAUGAAUUUGAAGAUUACUGUUUGAAACGCGAGUUGCUGAUGGGCAUUUUUGAAAUGGGCUGGGAGAAACCAUCUCCAAUCCAGGAGGAAAGUAUUCCUAUUGCAUUGUCUGGCAGGGAUAUAUUGGCCAGAGCCAAAAACGGAACAGGUAAAAGUGGAGCCUACCUCAUUCCAUUACUUGAACGGCUGGACCUGAAAAGAGACUGUAUUCAAGCUAUGGUGAUUGUGCCUACCCGAGAGCUGGCACUGCAAGUCAGUCAGAUCUGUAUCCAAGUCAGCAAGCACAUGGGUGGUGUGAAAGUGAUGGCUACCACAGGAGGAACCAAUCUCCGGGAUGACAUUCUGAGGCUCGAUGAGACUGUCCAUGUGGUGAUUGCCACACCUGGAAGAAUCCUGGAUUUGAUUAAGAAAGGCUUGGCUAAAGUGGACAACAUACAGAUGAUUGUAUUAGAUGAGGCAGACAAACUGCUGUCACAGGACUUUGUGCAGAUGAUGGAGGACAUAAUCUCUACAUUACCAAGAACCAGACAGAUCUUGCUUUACUCUGCCACGUUCCCACUCAGUGUACAGAAAUUUAUGAAUUCGCAUUUGCAGAAACCAUAUGAAAUUAACCUGAUGGAAGAGCUGACACUGAAAGGAGUAACCCAGUACUAUGCCUAUGUUACAGAGCGGCAGAAAGUGCACUGUCUCAACACACUCUUCUCUAGGCUUCAGAUUAACCAGUCAAUUAUAUUCUGCAAUUCCUCCCAGCGAGUGGAGCUGCUGGCCAAGAAAAUCUCCCAGCUGGGUUACUCUUGUUUCUACAUUCAUGCUAAAAUGAGGCAGGAACAUCGUAACCGUGUGUUCCAUGAUUUUAGAAAUGGAAUGUGUCGUAAUUUGGUUUGCACUGAUCUGUUCACUCGUGGUAUUGAUAUCCAAGCUGUGAAUGUUGUAAUAAACUUUGAUUUCCCAAAGAUUGCAGAGACCUAUCUACAUCGCAUUGGCAGAUCAGGACGGUUUGGCCAUUUGGGCUUGGCAAUCAACCUCAUCACGUAUGAUGAUCGCUUUAAUCUGAAGGCCAUUGAGGAGCAACUUGGAACAGAGAUCAAGCCCAUCCCUGGGAGCAUUGACAAGAGUCUGUAUGUUGCAGAGUACCACAGUGAGCCAGAUGGGGAGGACAAACAGUAACACUGCAAACAAAGCUGGCACCAAUCACGGGAUACAGAAACUGAAGAAUUUUUUUUUUUUUUUUGGCCUGUUCUGGAACACAUCAUUUCUUGGGGAUACCCUUCUCUUUUCUUUGUCUAAGACAACAUCAUUAUUUUCCUUCAUUUGAUGAUGACACAAAGUGUAGUUCCCUGAUUUUUGUGAAGGACCAUUUCUUCCUGAGCUCAAUGGUUUGCACUGUGUGCAGGGAGUGGACAACUAUUGCACUAACUGGCACGGGGGUUCUAGACUAAGCGGCACUGAAGAGCUGAACUGAACAGCGAACAGCACACUUUGUUGACUCCUCCUUUUCUCCUUCCUUCCCCCUCCGUUUUUUCCCUUCCAUUUUUGCUGAAGCCACUGACCAGGAUAUUCAUCUGAUGGCUUCUCAACUUCUCCCAGCGCACAUAUUCAUCAGUCUUAGGCUACCAAGUUUUUAUGGUAUUUGUAUAAAGUGCCUUACGGUGAUGCAGGACCAUAUGAAUACCAUCCCUAGAUUAUAGCCAUCCGUCACUUAUUUUUGUCCGGUGGGAGGGAGGGCUAUGUGACAUUAACUUCAUCUGUUUUCCAUUGGUGAGAGUAAAAUGGAAUGUAUUGGGGUGGGGGGCUGGGGUGGGGGAUGAAGAAAGAAAAAUCUGCAAGUUUUUAGAUAUUUUAAUUUUUGAAGGGGACUAUUUUCCUUGGAGAAGUUGAGCUGGAACUCCAGAUGAGAUGUCAUCUUGAUGUAUAUAUGUUAAAUAUGGUGGGGCUAAUUUUGUUGACUUUGCGCUCAGAAGGAAAGCUUGCAUUGUGCAUUUUUAAUUUUGUUUUCUUCGCGGAGGUUGGCCAGAAGACUCCAAGCACGACCCUAGCAGAACACUAAAUAACCCCACCCCCACCCGUACCUCCCCUUAGACUUGAAUGUAGACUGUUCUGCAGCAACUACACUCUGACUCGGGGACUUCUAAACACAGGCAUCCAUUUUCCUUCUGGCAGCAAGAUGAAGUGUGUCCCACAGAAGAUUGAUGUGUAUACACCUGUAAACAUGUAAAUAGGUUUUUUCUAUCAUCUUGUUACCUUUGAUAUAAAAAAAUAUUGGUUACUAGGGCUGGUAGGGAAUGGGUAGGAUGUUGGUGUGAAGCUAAAGCUGUGAGGGGCACUGUUGCAUACAACAUCAGCAUCUUAGCUGAUUUCUGUUCACAUAGUGUAAAAGACAUCCAGCAACCUACAAUUGGGAGUUGAUAACACAGAUACAAGUAGCUGAAAUGGCAUCCUCUCCCUCCUGCAUUGAACUGUUUGGAUACAGUGACUAUACUUAAACCUUUUGACCCCAAAUACUUGGUAGUGAAAUGCCCCUUAAUAAAAAGUGUUAUAUAACACCAUCCACUCUGUGCGCACACCUACCUAAAGGUACUUGCCUGCAACGAAGCAAAAAGAAAGUAUUUAAAUCACCAAGCUAGCUGUUGCCCUUUAGUGUAUUCCCAGGGCAAACAGAUGCUAGUGGGAGCCUCAAAUGGAAUGAAAACCAUUAAGUAUGGCUGCAGGGAUUGAAGGGCAGCUGCUAACACUAUAUAGCUGCCUCAGUCCUCUCCCCAGACCUUGGCUCUCACUUUGAGCGUAAAGGUGCCCUGACUACCCAUUCUUUUUAUUUGGCUAUCCUGCCUUUCACUGAAAUCUUACUUCUGCCCUCAUGGUUUGUAUAGACACUGUUCUAGUGUACCUGUUGGAUUCACAUUCUAAUGUACCUGCGGUUCACAUUUGAUUGUUGAAACAGAGAUAACAAAACAAGAAAAAUUUCCCAUUUUGUCCUGUCUUUCUUCAUACUUUCUGUAGUGACACUUGAAGUAGCCCCACCUUCAGUUGGCAUCAUUGAAUGCAGCAGAGAAGCCUGCUUCGAUCUGAAAUAAAAAGUUAAAGCAGUUUAGACCACGUGGUCAGUGCAGCUGAUUGUUUAUUUGUUUUAUUGUGAGCCAGUUGACAAAUGAAAUCACAGCUGUGACUGCCUGUCAUUUAAUGGGGACUAAUGCAAAAGUAGCUCCAGCAUACCAAGUACAGCCAUCAGUGGUUCUGAAACAUGGUUAUUCAUGUUAAUGUGAAAAAAUCAGACCUCUGGAACAAAUUUACUCCUAGAAUGAUUUUAUUUGGACUUGUGAAGCUACUAUUCAUUUUUUUUCCCUUCCCCCCCCACCCCCCCCACCAAAACCAUCAAUCCAGUGUGUGCAUGCACACAAGUCACAUUGUGUUCUUGGAGUGUAUUUUAUGCGAAAAUAAUUUGAAAGUUUGAUUUAUUGACUAAGUCUAACCAUGUCUGUGUAACUCAUUGAAAAGAUUGGAUGUCAUUACCUCUACUUUUGAACCCUUUUAAGCAUUGGUAAUGGUAUUGUAUCUUAAGCAAGGUUCUCCCUGGGCAGUAAGGGGUAUGUUACAUUUAUACUCCAUCACCAUUUGAAUUUCAAGAUGUAAAGAAAGUACAUAAUUUGACACAUUGGGGCUGUAUUAAGCUCAUUUAAUUGUGGUAAACAAGUGAACUGUAAUUGUUUUAAAAAUGUUGUUGCCUGUAGCUGUGCCCCUCACAGUGUGCUGGUAGAUUGGCCUGAUGUACAGGCAGUGUGAAGCAAUGGACAGAAAAGAUUGCUAGUAACCUCCAGCCUGAGUAACUGCUGUCUUGGAGGCACCUGUACUUCCAGUCAACUCCUCUGCACUCAAACUUAAGAUAAUUUGUGAUCUAAAUGCAAAAUGAUAGCUGGAAGAAUUCUUUUUAGUUCUGAAAUAAACGGCUGGUCGAGGACCAGAGUCUGUGACCCCUAUGGAAUUUUCCACUAGCUUAUGUAUUUGAGGAGGGAGCAAUUUGUAAUUUGAACACCUUGAAAGAAAUUAAUGCAUUCAAACUAUAGUAUUAAGCUUAAGUCUUACUAUAAUUAUUUACCACUGGCAAACACCCAAAAGUCCAUAAAUCUUGGAGUUGGCUUGUUGGGGUGUUGGAUUGGUGGUGGUACAUUCUCCUAAAAUUUCAUAUUGGUUUUGUUGUAUGGGGCCUUCGUGAUGGACCACUGGAUUCUUCCAGCAUUUAAUUCCUUUCUGUUCUGUGAAGUGAGCAAGCAUUUCACAAAUAUUUGGGGAUCGGUUUGUGGAAAGUGCAGAUAUUUUUCAGGACUAGAAUCCAAUAUUAAGUAUAAUGUAUGCAUAAAUAGGCACAUUGCACUUGAAGUGCACUGAACGUUUUGUGCAUUAUAUUGCCAACUAUUUGUUAAUCAGCAUUUUAAGUUUAACAAAUUUGCACUUUUGAGGAGUGGAAUUCUGGGUAUGUGCAGGUGCCUCUCUGACAGAUUCCGUUUUGUUAAUGUGCAGAGAUUAUAGGGUUUACAAGAUUUAAAAUGCUGUAAGAUAAGUGUCAGUUGCAGAAAGCUGUGUUAACAGACUUGAGCACGGAUACUAGCUAUGAAAACACCCCCAGUUCUGCAGGUACUCCAUGUAAAAGCAGUUAUGGUUGCAGCAGGUGGGGGUUAGGGGGGUGCAGGUGAAAGCAAAGGAAUUUACCAAAAGCAGCAUGUUGCUCUUGUGCUGCAGCUUUCUUCAUCCAUGGAUAAAAGGUGAAGGGAUCGUUCCACACACUCACUUCCCGUCUUGUAAAUAGAGAGCCGACGGCAGUGUGCACAUCAGACGCAAAGCUUGUGUUGGACUUUGAGCGUACACACUGCCAUCAUUAACAAGCCUGGUGCCAUGGUUUAGCGAUCCCUACCGAAGCACAGAUAAAGUUGAAAAUAUGUAGUAGUAUUAAUUCUUGGCCUCUCCUGGAAGGGUUGGCAUUUAACUAGACUAUCCCCUUGAUGGCUUCUGGUGUUGGUGGCUAUCUGGGGAUGGUAAGACUAUGCCGGAGUAUGCAAAUUUUGUUUUGGAUAGGGAAAGAUGCUUUGUAGCUUCCAUUGUUAAGUCAAGUGUGUAAUCGCAUCUCUGCCUUAGCAAUGACUUUCUAACUAUAAAAGCCAGUGAUGUAGGCAGAUAGCAGCAGGUGCCUACAUCAAACUGCUGUAAGAACUUGGUCAGUAUACAGCUCAAAAAGGUAUUUCUUAAAUGAAGAGCAACAACCUUUUAUCUUCACUAAGGAGCAUAUUUUUAACAAUGGGAUAAUCCCACAAAAGGGUUGUGCUGUAGCUAUUCACUAAGUUCUUCAUAACUGGUAACUGGCUUCUGGGAAUAUAACAAGGAUUUUUUUUGGGAAGGGCCAAAACUUUUUAAUAUGGAAUGAGAUGAGAGCAUCUUUCCCCUUGUUCUCCAUGGCAUAUUUCUGAUGUGUGAAGCAGCUAAACUUUGGCUUGCAGUAUCAUCAGUGAGCCCUUCACACACUAGGUGACUGAGUCAUCUCAUUCUAUUUUUGUUUGGGAAGUUGGGUGGAUGAUUCUGCUGUUUAGAGGACUUCAUCUGCAUGAAAACUGAAUAAUUCAAAACCUGACCGUUCUAAUGGUGAAGAUAUAUAAUCCCACUAGGUAAUGGAACCUCGAUGUCUGCCUAGUAUGGCCAGGUGACAUCAAGCCAGUUUUGUUAAUGGCCAUUGACACCAUGCAGGCUCAGUAAUUUUGACUUGGAUAAUUGGACAUCAUGUGUCUUUUUUCCCCCUUUUAGUUCUCUUUUUGAAGGGUGGGUUGAGGGUGUGAUUCCUGGGGGCAAUAUGGAACUCCUUUUUAUUGUGCAGAUGUAGUCCUCUGGGGUGGGGGGAGGGGUGGGUUUGGUCAGGGUUGUGGGUUGUUGAACAGAGUUCAAAUAAUGCCAUAUGCAUAUGGAUCUUUACCAAAGGGGGAGGGCAAGGGGCUUGGGUUUAAAAACAAACUAAAGACAAACCGUCCCAUUUCAGUGUUCAAGAAAAGAACCUUAAGUUUCCCCAAUUUGAGCAAAGAUUCUUAAAUUGGUGGCUUUAAAAAAAAAGCAUAAUCUAAACCCAUUGCAUCAAGGACACUGAAAUGUUAGGACUGUUAAAUGGUAACACUUGACUAAAGUGAAUAGUGUUACUUGCAAAUCAAAAGAGUCUAUUUAAAUAGAACACACAGAUUUGGUUCCCUAUAAUGGGUGUAAUUGGCUCAAUAUUCCAGUGAGCAAAAAAAACUUUACUUUCAAACCAGAACUUUUCUUUAAGGCUGAUGCUAUGUGGACCGGUUGUGAAAUGAUUUGGAUGCUUAUUCAGAAUGAGUUGAGAGAUUGUUCAAAGAAAGCUACAGAGUUGCAUUUUGUUCAUUUAAAUAAAGCUCACUGGAAUCAAA